UUCUGGAGGAGGCCGGGGAGAAGGGGUCCCAGCCCCCAGGGCGCUCUUCUGAGUGAACACUCACAGCCACGUCGAACUUUCCUCCCCUUUGCUGUCCCCCCGUUCCAACCUCCCUCCACCGCGCCCACCUGCUCCCAGGGGCUUCCAGUCACCCUUCCUCCCUCUCCGGAACGCCCCCGCCGCCACACCCCCAGAUAGGGCCGGAGCACUGGCAGCCCCCCCACUGCCGCCGGAGACACUCACUCCGCUGAUAGGCGCGCGCUCGGCUCCCCAGCCAUGCCCGUGGACCUCAGCGGCACCUGGAACAUGGUCAGCAACGAGAACUUCGAGGGCUACAUGCUGGCUCUAGGCAUUGACUUUGCCACACGGAAGAUAGCAAAGAUGGUUAAGCCACAGAAAGUGAUCAAACAAAAUGGCGACAGCUUCACUAUCCAGACGCUCAGCACCUUCCGGAACUACCUUGUCCAGUUUAAAAUUGGAGAAGAAUUUGAUGAGGAUACCAAAGGUCUAGAUAACCGAAAAUGCAAGAGCUUGGUCACAUGGGACAAUGAUAGACUCACCUGUGUCCAGAAGGGAGAAAAGGCAAACAGAGGUUGGACCCACUGGAUUGAAGGGGACGAAUUAUAUCUGGAAAUGUUUUGUGAAGGCCAAGUAUGCAAACAGAGGUUCCAGAGAGCCUGAGGGAGAAAGCUGAUGCUGAGUGUGCACAUGCAUCCUGAGGAGACCUGUAACUUUUAUUGAGCUGAUGCGAAACAACCUUGCAAGGGCUCAUGGGGCAGAAGACUAAGCCCCUCACCUCUCUUUUUAUUGAUCUUGCCAAGGUGUAUUGUCUCAAUCUCAGUCUGGCCUGUUACAAUAAAAAUUUUUCCUAAACAA